AACCUCUCUUCACUUAUGGCUUCUCUUUCACGCCACUCUCUUUGACUCUCUCUCUCACUCGCUUCCCCCUUGCGCCGAUCGUCUCCUCCGCCUCGUCAAGUAUUCUCCUCUCACCGGGCUUUGAGUUGCACACCAGAUGUCUGUUGAUCUCUGCAAGAAGAACCCAUCUUUUCUUUGGUGCGCCUGUGGUUACAUGAGCAGGGGGAGGUUGUGGUGCUUUCAUAUCAUCUUGUUCAGGCACUGGACUUAGUCCUUCUCUCUCACCCUCUUUUCUCUCUCUUUCUCUCUCUCUUCUCUUUUCUUCUUAGCUUCUCUGCAAUUUUCGCAAAGUUUUCCCCUUUGGAUCUCUCUCCCAAUGGGGAAAACUCAGCUGGCUCCUGGAUUCCGGUUUCACCCCACUGAUGUCGAGCUCGUGAGAUACUACUUGAAGAGGAAGGUGUUGGGGAAAAAGCUCCUCGUUGAUGCAAUUGCUGAGCUCGACAUUUACAAGUUCGAACCCUCUGAUUUACCUGAUAAGUCGUAUAUAAAGAGUGGGGAUCUGAAGUGGCACUUCUUCUGCCCAAGGGAAAAGAAAUAUUCAACUGGAGUUAGGGCAAACCGUGCUACUGCCUGUGGUUACUGGAAGACCACAGGGAAGGAGAGAGAUGUUCUGUGCAAUGGGGAAGUUGCGGGAAAGAUUAAGACUCUGGUUUAUCAUUUUGGUAAGUCACCUCGUGGGGAGCGGACUGAUUGGGUUAUGCAUGAGUACAGGCUUGAAGACAAGGUUCUGACACAGAAGAAUGUUCCUCAGGAUACUUAUGUGCUGUGUGUUCUAUUCAAGAAAGAUGGACCGGGACCUAGAAAUGGAGCGCAGUACGGAGCUCCGUAUAAGGAUGAGGACUGGAGCGAUGAGGAACAUGAUACUGGUGUUCCUGCUACCAACGCUCCGGCAGUUCUUCACGGAGAAACCAGUCUUGUUGUGGCGUCCUCCUCGCAUGUCCCUAAUAAGGAUUGUUUUGUUGGCAUGAUAGCUGAAUCGUGCGUCUCUGACUUCCUACAAGCUACAACAACUGCCAGCGAUCUUCCGCAACUGAAUGAUGCGGCUAACACUCCUCUGUCUGCUGCUGCACCACUUCUUGAUUCUAACAGCAUUGCCUCUCUGGCACCACCGACCCUUGAAGCUCCUAACAACGAUGAUGACCUAUAUUCAAUGCUACUGGAUUUAUUUGUUGAUGAGGAUGAGUACUUCCGUUUCUCUGAGUUCAACAACACUGAGAUGAGACAUGAUCCCAAUGUCUCGGCUCCAAUCUGCUUAGGAGAAGGAGAAGACAUAUUCAGCGAACUACCAGAGUUCAGCAAUAUGCAGCACACCAGCGUGCCAAGGACACCCUCUUACGACCUAAUUGAAAACUCGGAGCUAUACUUGGAUCUACAAGAUCUCACCGCUCCAUUAGCACCACCUCAGAUUGGUAAUGUCAGUGACUCUUAUCUGAGCCAUCAAGGCCAGUUUGAUUUCUCCACUGCUGCUAAUGAUGAGGAUCCUUAUGGCUUCUCUGCUUCCAUGGGACAAGGACCAGACAUGAAAAAGAGGUUUGAAACCAAGAAUUCUCCUCAGCCAUUUCGGUCCACUCCCAUGUCUGAAAUGCUUGUCUUCACAAAUCAACAGAAGCAUUGAAGAGAGACCAUUGAACAAUGAUCACCCUUGUAUAUAUUUCUAAAAGUUUUCUUUUAGUUCGUACUUUUCAUCAUCUCUUUUAUGUCCCAAAUCCUCCAUUAUCAGCAGUCUCUGCUACUUUGGAUUCUCAUUUUUCUAAAAUCAUGACAUUAUGAUUUUGCUGUU